AUGUUGAAACAAGAGAGUAACGAGAGGGCACGAGCGUGUGACACAUGCCGGUCAACAGCCUCCACCGUGUACUGCCACGCCGACUCUGCCUACUUGUGCACGAGAUGUGAUGAUCAAGUCCACUCUGCCAAUCGCGUUGCUUCCCGACAUAAACGGGUUGUGAUCUGCGAGUCAUGCGAGCGUGCCCCUGCUGCUUUUCUUUGUGAAGCAGAUGAUGCCUCUCUUUGCGCAGCCUGCGAUUCAGAGGUUCAUUCCGCAAACCCACUUGCUAGACGCCAUCACCGAGUUCCAAUCUAUGGAAACUCUUACAUCUCCAUGACCACUCACCACAAAACCGAGACGUCAACAAAGACCGAUCCAGAAAAGAGACCGGUGGUGGAACAAGAGGGAGGUAAAGAGGAUGCCAAAUACAAAGAGGCAGUCUCGUGGUUGUUCCCAAACACAGAGAAAACUAGUGGCAAUCACAACAACAACAAUGGGUUAUUGUAUAGUGAUGAGUAUCUAGACCUUGCGGAUUACAACUCGAGCAUGGACUACAAGUUCACAGCUCAAUACAAUCAAGAACAACAUCAACAAGACUCCAGCGUACCACAUGCAAGCCAUGGGGCAGAUAGAGUUGUUCCGCUUCAACUUGAAGAGUCAAGGGGACACUUGCGCCACAAGCAACAGAAUUUCACAUAUGGUUCCUCUGGAAAUCACUACAACUGCAAUGAUUCCAUAAACCAUAACGCAUACAAUUCAUCCAUGGAAACUGACUUGGUGCCGGAGUCAACACCACGUGACACAAUAGCUUCACACUCAAGAAGGCCCAAGGAGAUGCUAGACCAGCUAAGUGACCCUCCGAUUCAGAUGAUAACCCAACUCGGUGCAAUGGACAGAGAAGCCAGAGUCAUGAGAUAUAGAGAGAAGAAGAAGACAAGGAAAUUUGAGAAGACGAUAAGGUAUGCUUCAAGGAAAGCGUACGCAGAGAGAAGACCAAGGAUCAAUGGCCGGUUUGCAAAGAGGAUAGAAAUCGAAGAUGAGGACCUAGGGUUCAACGCAAUGCUUAUGUACGACACAGGAUAUGGCAUUGUUCCUUCAUUCUGA